CAUUCAGUACUUCCUGUAAAAGGUAAACAAAUGGCGAUCUCCACUUCGAGCCGUAAAAUGACUCAAAAUGUAAGCCGAAGCCGCAUAUUUAGAACUUCAAAAUGCCCGGACAGAAGAGAAAAUAUAAUGUUCGCUUUCCACCCGGACGCAUCAAGAAAAUCAUGCAGAAGGAUACCGAGGUUGGACGAAUCGCUACAGCUGUACCGGUUAUUAUAUCCAAAGCUUUAGAAAUAUUCCUCAAAUCUCUUCUCACCAUGACCAGUAAAAUAACCCAGUCAAGGAACAGUAGAGUGAUGUCCAUCAAUCACAUGAAACAGUGUAUUCAAUCAGAGAAGCUGUUUGACUUCCUAAAAGAACUGGCAGAUCAGGCCUCCGCUGCAUCCACAUCAGAGAGCAAAACUAAGGGCAAAUGGCAGUCACACAGAAAACGGUGGCAAAGUGUACCGUUCAAAGCCAGGUCACCCGAGAGAGAGAAGCCGCUGGAGAAAUCCACAAAUGAUCGGGUGAUCAACAGCGAUUCGUCCAGUGAAUCUGAACUUUUCAUUUGUCUGGAAACUCAUUCACCCUGAAGAGUGAAAAUGUGAGUUUUACUAGAUCCAACAAUCCCUUACACAGAGAACUGCAGUAUUACUUAUGAAGACCCAACAUGUUUAUUUUGGGGGGGGUAUAAUUCUUAGCCAAAUAUUAAAUGUUUUAUUUGAUUUGUUGUGGUGUUAGAUUGACCAUGAUUAAUGAUGUAGUUGUUGGUUUCACAACUGUGAUAAAAUUAUGUUUUAAAUUGUGUUAAGGAAGAAAAUCAUUUGUUUAUUAUAUAAUCGAGAUAUUUGGGAAUUAAGCAGUUCCAGUACUUUUCUUUCAGUUGGAUUCAUAAUUAAAACUGUAGUUUGCACUACAGUGUUUAACAUGAUGUUCUAAGAUGCAAGUUGUAAAUAAUAAUAAUAAUAAUAAUAUAGUAAUAGAUAUGUAUUGUCUUUCUAUUUGAUGUAAAUACAGGUCAGUGAUUGUUCUAAUGGUUUAAGAGAUUCAGCAGCAAGCACAUUGUAACCAAAAUGGUAAUUGUAUUUUAUAGUGAAUGUUCUAUAAGAUAUUAUUUUAUGAUGUUGAUAUUACACAAUUUUGUAUAGCUAUGUAUUUCUACUUCUAACAUAACUCCACAAAUUGUGACAAAAUGAUAUUAUAAAGUAUCAUAACCAAAAAUCUAUCACAGGGUAAUGCAUAAUCAUGGCCGAAUAAAAUAUGAGGGUGAUGAUUCAAAGAUACUUUUAUUUUUUCAAGUGAUGCUCUUAGACUGGUCAUAAAGUGUGAUGCUGAAGAUACACGUGAAAAUAAAUACAAUCCAAAGGC